AUGAGAGAAACAAUGUUGUCAUCCAUUUUUCAUGUGUUAUUGCCCCUUCUUCUUUUCCUUAUGCUGCAGGAACCUACCCAAGCAAUCAAACAGUCUUAUAUUGUGUACCUAGGAUCACAUUCCUUCGGUUCAAAUCCCACAUCAGUUGAUGCUGAAUCAGCCACAAACUUCCACUAUGAUUUACUUGGAUCUUACGUUGGAAGCACAGAGAAGGCAAAGGAAGCAAUAUUUUAUUCAUAUAAUAGAUAUAUUAAUGGCUUUGCUGCAGUCCUUGAUGAAGAUGAAGCCGCAAAUAUUGCAAAGCAUCCGAAUGUAGUAUCAGUUUUCUUAGACAGAGAACAUAAAUUGGCCACAACUCACUCAUGGAAUUUCCUUGGUAUGGAGGAAAAGGGUAAAAUUCCAAAGGCAUCAAUAUGGCAAAGAUCACUAGGAGAAGACAUCAUCAUUGGAAAUAUAGACACAGGUGUUUGGCCUGAAUCCAAGAGUUUUAGUGAUGAAGGGAUGGGUCCAGUCCCAACCAAGUGGCAUGGAAAAUGUGAAGUGGACAAGAAAAACAAAGACAAGUUUCACUGCAACAGGAAGUUGAUUGGGGCAAAAUAUUUUUACAAAGGUUAUCAGGCAUUCGGUUUUCAUGGAAAAAAUAUUUCAUAUGCUAGUGCUCGCGACUUUGAUGGUCAUGGUACACAUACUUUAUCAACGGCGGGAGGAAACUUUGUUUAUGGAGCAAGUGUUUUUGGCAAUGGAAAGGGAAUCGCGAGCGGCGGGUCACCAAAAGCACGGGUUGCAUCCUAUAAGGUGUGUUGGGGUCCAAGUGGAUGUUUUGGAACAGACAUUUUGGCUGCUUUUGAAGCUGCCAUUGGUGACGGCGUUGAUGUGCUUUCGAUGUCUAUAAUUUAUAAUGUUACAACCCCUGUCAACAUUUUUGAAAGUGGUAUAUCCAUUGGAUCCUUCCAUGCAGUUUCUCAUGGCGUAGUUGUUGUGAGCUCUGGAGGAAACUCUGGACCUUCUCCUAAUACCGUAUGCAACUUGGAACCAUGGAUGCUCACAGUUGCUGCAAGCACAAUUGAUAGAGAGUUCUCGAGUUAUGUCACUCUUGGCAACAAGAAAAUCCUCAAGGGAGAAAGCCUUUCUCAGUUUAGCCUAUCAUCUGGGAAGUUGUACCCAUUGACUAGUGCAGCUGAUGUCAAAGCCCAAAAUGCAUCUGCCAUAGAUGCCAUUCGUUGCAAGAACGGAACUCUUGAUCCAAAUAAGUCGAAGGGGAAAAUAUUGGUUUGUCUUCUAGGUGAUAAUACUAGAGAUAACAAGGGUGUACAAGCUGCUCAUGCAGGCGCUGUUGGAAUGAUUUUGGCUAAUAACAAAUAUGCAGGGAAUCAAAUUACUGCUGACCCUCAUGUGCUCCCUGCUUCACAUAUAAACUUUGAGGAUGGUAGUUACAUUUUUAAUUACAUCAACCAUACAAAGUCUCCCCAGGCUUACAUUUCUAGAGUGCAAACAAAACUUGGUGUAAAUCCAUCUCCAAUUAUGGCUGCAUUUUCAUCAAGGGGGCCAAAUCUUCUUGAGGAAGCAAUCCUCAAGCCUGACAUCACUGCACCAGGAGUUAACAUUGUCGCUGCUUAUAGUGAAGCUGCAUCUCCAACAGAAGAGUUAACUGAUAAGCGCAAGAUCCCUUUCACUUCAAUGUCAGGCACUUCAAUGUCAUGUCCUCAUGUUUCUGGCAUUGUUGGGUUGCUUAAAUCUCUUCAUCCGGAUUGGAGUCCGGCCGCUAUCAAGUCAGCAAUAAUGACCACAGCAAGUACCAAAGAUAAAUUUGGAAGGCCGAUUCUGGAUUCAUCAAUGAACGAGGCAACUCCAUUUGCUUAUGGUGCAGGGCACAUUCAACCUAAUCGUGCCAUGGACCCGGGACUUGUAUAUGACCUUAACAUUGAUGAUUAUUUGAACUUCUUAUGUGGUCGCGGCUACACGAGUUCCCAACUUAAGGUGUUUUACGCCAAGCCUUACACUUGUCCAGAGUCAUUCAAUAUAGCAACAGAUUUCAACUAUCCAGCAAUCACAGUUGCUAACCUUCUCUUUGGACAUUCAGUUAAUGUUACUCGUACUCUUACCAAUGUUGGGUCCCCAAACGAGUAUAGAGUGCACAUCAAGGCACCUCCACAUGUUUUAGUUUCAGUUGAACCUAGCAGAUUAAGCUUUAAAGAAAAAGGUGAAAAAAAGGAGUUCACAGUUACAUUGACCUUAACGUCGCCAAGUGAGGAUUAUGUCUUUGGAAGGUUGGUUUGGACCGAUGAUAAGCACCAUGUCAAUACACCUAUUACAGUUAAGAUGCAUGCUUGCCACACUAGUGGAUUUUAG